CAUGUGUUCAGUUCAUUUUAUUCAAAUUUUAUUAAUAAUAAUUUGAUUUUAUAAUUCUCAUUAGAUAGAUAGAUAGAUUAAUCAUCAUAAAUAUCUUAAAGGGGUCCUCAUAUACACAAAAUAAUUGUUAUCUAGUUCAUGUAAAGCUGAAAUAUGUAUGAAACCUGAUAUUUGGAUUAAAUAUUAAAACAUAAAUCCAAUUGAUAUUGACGAAACGAACAUAUACUUGUAACGUCAAAACAUUUUUGAAAAUUUUGUAAACAUUACCUACUUGUGGAAAACCAUUGAAUUUGUUUUUAUUGACGAUGAAUAAGGCUAAAAGCGAUCCUAAGGUAAAGAAAACACUUGUGAGAAACUAUGAACAAAAAGUAAAACCCGGUGGUCGCUGUGAAGUAAUACGUGAUGUCGAAUCUGAUCGAAUUGAAGAUAUUGGUUCAGGAUCUUCACUAAAAAAGACUGGUUUGAGCGAGCCCUCGCUUUGUUCCAGUGCUGCAUUAGCCAAUUAUUUGUCUGACGUCAAGAAAUCAUUGCCGCCGCCUCUGUCGGUUGAUGAUUUAAAUGUAGAAAGAGGUGAACUCUGUUCUAAGAUGACGAAAAAGCUUAAUUUCCAUUUCAACGACAGAAUCUACAAAAACUUGGUAGAACUUAAUGCUACUAUUGAAGAAUUAAAAACUAAAAAAGAUAAAAAAUCAGCAAGUGGAGCUCACGUGAUAAAGAAAGAUUUAGAACCGAACAUAGAAGAUUUCUGUGAAGAUGAAAUUGAACCAGAUUUUCCACCUAAAAUCCCCGUGAUCAAAUCAAAAUUUCGCCCGGUGAAAACAGUGGAAGACGGACGUUUACAUAAACUAAUUGCCUCAUUUGAAGUUUUAUGACGAAAUAAUAAAUUAUUUAUAUUGAAAUAUACCUCUUGUU